GUUAAUAUCUCUGUGGUCACCUCUACUGUCUCCAGCGGCUAUGGCAGCGGCAGUGGUGUUGGCGGCACCAACCUGGGCUUGGUACCACUUCUCUAAUCUCUCUGCACCCGCUUCCCCGAUGGCUCAACGAUCAGUCAGCAUGAAGUCCACUAGUGGCAGCCGGAGCUUCAGCGCCUCUUCGGCAUCACUGCUCCCAGGCUGUCGAACCAGCUUCAGCUCUGUGUCUGUGUCCCAGGGCGGGAAGAGCGGGAGUCGUCUUGGGGGUGGCUUUGGGACCAGGAGCCUCCACAACCUCAUAGGUGGCAAAAGGAUCUCCGUCAGUGGGGCGUACCGCUCCAGCAGAGCUGGGUAUGGGGGUGUUAGUUGUGGUUUGGGAUAUGGGGGCAUAGGAUACAGAGCCGGGGGGUAUGGGUUUGGAGGUGGAAUGAUGGCAGGAUCUGGUGGCAUCCAUGAAGUUACAGUCAAUCAGAGUCUACUGGCUCCCCUCAACCUGGAGAUUGACCCAUCCCUCCAGAGGGUUCGGAAGGAAGAGAAAGAGCAGAUCAAGACUCUCAAUAACAAAUUUGCCUCCUUCAUAGACAAGGUUCGCUUUCUGGAACAGCAGAACAAGGUCUUGGAGACCAAAUGGAGCAUCCUCCAGGACCAUAAGACAACCAAAGCCAACAUUGAGCCCCUGUUUGAAGCCUAUAUCAGCAACCUAAGGAGGCAGCUGGACAGCCUGGGUGGGGAAAGAGGGAGGCUAGAAAUGGAACUGAAGAGCAUGCAGGAUGUGGUGGAAGACUUCAAGAACAAAUAUGAAGAUGAAAUCAACAGACGCACAGCAGCAGAGAAUGAGUUUGUGGUGCUCAAGAAGGAUGUGGAUGCAGCUUACAUGAACAAAGUGGAACUGGAAGCCAAGGUUGAUGCCCUGACAGAUGAAAUCAACUUUCUGAGGGCUUUCUAUGAGGCGGAGCUGGCUCAGCUUCAGGCCCAGAUCUCUGAAACGUCAGUGGUCCUGUCUAUGGAUAACAACCGCAACCUAGACCUGGACAGCAUCAUUGCUGAGGUCAAAGCUCAAUAUGAGGACAUCGCCAACCGAAGCCGGGCUGAAGCAGAGUCCUGGUACCAGUCAAAGUAUGAGGAACUGCAGCUUUCUGCUGGUAGACAUGGGGAUGACCUCCGUACCACCAGAAUGGAGAUCUCUGAAUUGAAUAGGAUGAUCCAGAGGCUGCGUUCUGAGAUUGACAAUUUGAAGAAGCAGUGUGCCACUCUUCAGGCUGCCAUUGCUGAUGCUGAGCAGCGUGGGGAAUUGGCCCUCAAGGAUGCCCGGGCCAAGCUGGCUGAGCUGGAGGAUGCCCUGCAGAAGGCCAAACAGGACAUGGCCCGCCAGCUGCGCGAAUACCAGGAGCUAAUGAAUGUCAAGCUGUCCCUGGACAUCGAGAUUGCCACCUACAGGAAGUUGCUGGAGGGAGAGGAGUGCAGACUUACUGGAGAGGGUGUUGGACCUGUGAAUAUAUCUGUGGUCACUUCUAGCGGGGGCACUGGAUAUGGUGGAAGCAGCGGCAUCUGUGUGGGCGGAGGCGGCCUCAGCAGCAGCCUGUGCUACGGAAGUGGGGUUGGAGGCUUCAGCUCCACCAGCGGCCGCAGCAUGGGGAGCAGCAGCUCCAGCAUGCGCAUCAUCUCCAAGACAUCAUCCACUAAGAAAAGCUAUCGGAGCUAAAACUUCUCUACUUAACUGCCCACCCUUCCCCAACCCAGCUUCCCAACCCCAAGGCCUGAUACUCUGCUAAGGACCCAGAAAGAAAUUUCUUUUGUACAGUCAGACAUGUAACAGAGGGUUCAUAGGUCUUCCAAGGCUAUCUUGUGCAUCCUUUUGCUUCCAUUCCUCAGAUGAAGAAUGGUGCUUGUUUUCAAAGUCCUCCUGAGUCCAAAAGUGCCUCCCUUAGGGUUUUCAUGAUUAAGAAGUUCUACUUUAUAUCUAUCCUGAAGCUGUCAUGUUGUAUUUCCUGAAAUCACUUCUCCUUGUUUCUAGAGGGGGGAGUGUUAGAAAUUGCCCUUGUUUCUCCAUUUCUGGGUCUCAGUAAGAAUUGAUAUCCUUUGGAUUAGGGCUUUUAUACUGUUUGACCUUCACUACAAAGUAAGCAAAAUUCAGCAAAUUCUCUCAGAGCAGAAAAAAACAAAACAAAAAGAAAAACAGAUGGCAGGGUGCUUUAUACCCAGAUUCAUCACCAAACCUCUCCUUCUUUGCCCCAAGCCCAUCACCGUCAGUGUCCAUUGACCCAGAUUCCAACAGCCAUAAGAAACCUACACUCCCCCGGUUCCUCUCUUCCACCAGUUUUCCACCUCCAAAAGCGGGAUUUUGGAAUAUAGUCAGUUUUCAAUUAUCCACACUAAUAAAAAGAUAAUCUGACAAUUUUGCCUGAAUGUCUGGAGGGCAGUAAAUGCUAUUUCAAAGCAGACUCCAUAUCCUACUUUUAUUUAUCCUUAAGCUAAUAUUAUAACUGAUUUAUCUUGUGAAAUAUUAAUCGAUGAGGGUCAAAUACCUCCAGGGACUGCUAGUCUUGUAUGAAACAUUUGAUAAUACAUAAAUGGAGAAUCAAAUUGUCAUGUAUUAGGGGUCUUCCUGUUUACACCAUCACCACCACCUCCCCUCGCCUUACAAUCUGAUCCUCCAGUAAUAAGGUUUGGGGCUAAUGAUUUCUGUUCUUUAGACAGUUUUCUUUCCCUCUUUAAAUUCCUUCUCUCUCUCUCUCUCUCUCUCUCUCUCUCUCUCUGUUUCUGUCUCUG